AUGACCCCCCAUUUGUCAGUCCUACUCGCUCUGGUGACUACUUGCCUGGGUGCUGCUCCUGCAGGUCCUUGGGAUGUGUUUAAUCUUGCUCCCGAGUCCAGGACGGUAUAUCCACGCUCCAUCCAUGGUUCUAGCGGUAUUGCCUUGGAUUCACAAAACCAUCCUGCAGGAGGCAACUACACCUUACCCAAUAACGGCUCAUAUGUGACUCUUGAUUUCGGUUUUGAGGUUGGCGGACUUGUUUCGCUGAAUUUCGACAGCGCCACCUCUACCUCUUCGAUUGCACUGGCGUUUACUGAAUCGCCUGAGUUCAUUCGACCGUAUGCUUCCGAUGACUCGGCCAAUCCGUCUGCAAGCACAACGUACGAUGGCGUUCUCCAAGUUCCCAGUCCUCUGACGACGGGAUACUGGAUCCAGCCACCAGAGCGAAUGCGUGGCGGGUUCCGCUACUUGACCGUAUCGUCCACAUCAAACGGUCCUGUUACGAUAUCUAAUAUCUCAUGCACGAUCUCGUUCAUGCCACACGUAGAAAACCUGCGGAGCUACGACGGCUACUUCUAUGCUUCAGACCCGGGAUACGACGAUCCAGACUUCCUCACGAAGAUCUGGUAUUCCGGUGCGUACACGGUGCAAACGAACAUCAUCCCCGUACACGCAGGCAGGCAAUACCCCCCGGUCCCUUCCCCUGGUUGGCUCAACAACGCGACAAUUGGCAUUGCAGGGCCCAUCCUCGUCGAUGGCGCGAAACGUGACAGGACUGUUUGGCCUGGCGACAUGGGCGUAGCAGUCCCAACUCUGUUCGUGUCGACCCAGGAUUUAGUGCCGGCUAAGAACUCCCUUUCGACCUUGUUUGCCCUACAAAACCCCAAUACGGGUGCACUCCCAUACGCUGGUCCUCCAUUUGGCAGCUAUAUCAAUGGUAGUGAUACAUACCACGCAUGGACCCUCAUCGGAGCAUACAACUACUUCUUGUACUCUGGCGAUAUCGCAUGGCUCAAAGACACCUGGAGCAACUACACGAAGGCGGUGCAGUUCCUCACGAACAAAGUCGACCAUACUGGUCUGCUUGACGUUACUGACACUGAAGACUGGGGGCGCUUCUGGCAGGGCGGACACAACUCUGAGGCCAACGCGAUUUUCUACAAGGUGUGCUCGAGUUCGCAAAGGCUAUUUGCCGCAGAACUUGCGACCUACCUCAAUGUCUCGGAACUCGUAGAUGGAUACUCCUCCAACGCGACUUCAUUGAAAACGGCGUUUAACGACGCGUUUUGGUCUUCAGAUGUAGGAAUGUAUCGCAACAAUUUAACGUCCACUCUCUACCCCCAAGACGCAAACUCGCUCGCCGUCUUGUUCAACUUGACAACAUCGGCCAAGCAAGCAUCCUCUGUUAGCGCCGGCCUGACGCAAUAUUGGGGCGAGUUCGGCUCCGUAUCCCCGGAACUACCUGAUACAGUGACGCCAUACAUCGGUAGCUUUGAGCUGCAAGCACACUUCGCCUCUGGGAACGACGCUCGCGCAAUUGACCUUCUGCACCUUGAGUGGGGCUAUAUGUUGUACACUAACAUCAGCGUACAAUCGACACUCUUAGAAGGCUAUACGUCCAAUGGAUCUUUGUACUAUCGCUCCUCCGAUGCAUACGACUAUGAUCCAGCGUUCACUAGUCAUUCGCAUGGAUGGAGCACCGGGCCGACAUCUGCUCUUACAUUCUACGUCCUGGGUCUAACGGUGACCUCGCCUCAAGGAAGGACUUGGUCGGUUGCGCCCCAUUUAUCCGGAUUGCCGUCUGCCGAAGGCGGCUUCGAAACGCCAUUGGGGUGGUACGGCGUGCGGUGGACAUCGACAGCAGAUGCGUUCAACCUCACAGUCGAGACGCCGACCGGGACGAGCGGCAUCGUCACGCUCCCUGUCAGUGGGACAACAAGUGUAGACGGUAAUUUGGUACAGGUCGAUGGCGCAUCACUGCCCUUGAGUGGAGGCAACCACACGAUCUCCGUACAAUUCUGAGGCUCUACGUAAUGGGCCAUUUCUUCUAUUCAUAUUUGCACGGAGCAUGUAUGAUCAUUGCAAAAUAAAUGAACGUAAAUUCGAGAACG